AUGAUGCCUGUCAGAAGAAUUUCCUAUCUCUUGCCCCCACCAUCUCCAAUCCUUCCAGCUUCAACAGAUGACAGAGUAAACAUGCCCAGACCAACAGCUGCAGCAACCAACACAAAAUCCUUUUUGCAACCAAGACGGACCUCCAUUUCUCUCAGACUUCCUCAAACAUCAACAGCACAGGUUCUUCAGCCCAAGAGACGGGUCUCAAUUGAAACCCUUCUCCCUGAAUUUAACUCACACAUGAUCACACCCCUUACCGCUGAACUAAAGAGUAGAGGUGCAAUGGGCAGUCAGUCCUUCGUGAGGAACCCAUAUAGGAUACAGCGUAUAUCAAGGAUUUUCUCUCCACUGCCAGGGUCGAGGACAGCAUCAGGUGCAACAGUGCAGGCAACACCAACUGCCAUGAGGAGCUGUAGUAAAUUCAUGGAAGCAGGUUCAUUGAGGCCAAAGCUUUCCUUCGUGAGGGACCCAAAAAAAAUUCUGUACUAUACCCCCUAUUAA